UUGAAAUGAAUUUGUAUAAAAUAAAAAGUAAUAGUAAAACCAAUAAAACUAAACAUAAAAAUGGAGUAGACAUGAAUAACUUAAGAUUUACAAUAUUAUAUAGGGAUUCUGUAUGGAGAUAUGAAAGGAGAAAGUACUAUUCCCAAAUAUGCUAUUAAAUAGAACACUAGAGUGAAUAUUUAAACGCCUGUAUGAGUAGAACACUGGUGUAAAGGAGGAAUGUGUGAUGUAACACAAAUGUAUAAUGGGUUACUAGAGAUAAAGUAACAUAAUAUUGAGUAUAAUGGGUUACUAGAGAUAUGAUGAAGUAACAUAUAUUUUUUUAUUAAUAUACAACAUGUACACUCACACAUAGAAGUACGUAAGUGGUGUAAAAAGUGAUUUAAGAAAUGUUGAGUGGUCCCUUUAUGGAUAAUGUUACGGCGUUCCUCUCUCUCUUCAUAAGAAGAGGAGGAGUAUUGAUUGAACCAAGGCGCAGCGAAGUUUGAACACAUAUUUAUUAACGAAAAAACACGAACUUGAAUAAACUAACAAAACAACAAAACGGUGAAGACAGACCUAGACGACGAACUUACAUGAAACAAGAAGAACGCACGAAUAGGAAACAGACUACAUAAACCGAACAAACCGUAUACAGUUCCGUAUGGUGCAAACAUAACACAAACACGGAAGACAAUCACCCACAAACAAACAGUGAGAACACCCUACCUAAAUAUGACUCUUAAUUAGAGGAGAACGCAAAACACCUGCCUCUAAUUAAGAGCCAUACCAGGCAACCAAAACCAACAUAGAAACAGAUAACAUAGACUGCCCACCCAAAACACAUGCCCUGACCUAAACACAUACAAAAACAACAUAAAACAGGUCAGGACCGUUACAGAACCCCCCCCCUCAAGGUGCGAACGCCGGGCGCACCAGCACAAAGUCCAGGGGAGGGUCUGGGUGGGCAGUUGACCACGGUGGUGGCUCCGGCUCUGGACGCUGUCCCCACACCACCAUAGUCACUCCCCGUUUCUGUCUUCCCCUCCCAAUGACCACCCUAAAACUCACAUCCCCUAAAUAAACGGCCAGCACCAGGAGAAGGGGCAGCACCGGGACAAGGGGCAGCACCGGGACAAGGGGCAGCACCGGGACAAAGGGCAGCACCGGGACAAGGGGCAGCACCGGGACAAAGGGCAGCACCGGGACAAAGGGCAGCACCAGGAUAAAGACCAGCACCGGGAUAAGGGGCAGCACCGGGACAAGGGGCAACACCGGGACAAGGGGCAACACCGGGACAAGGGGCAACACCGGGACAAGGGGCAGGUCCCGGCUGAAAUACUCUGGCAGAUCCUGGCUGAGGGACUCUGGCAGGUCUAUGCAGGCUGACGGCUCUCGACGCUCAUGGCAGGCUGACGGCUCUCGACGCUCAUGGCAGGCUGACGGCUCUCGACGCUCAUGGCAGGCUGACGGCUCUCGACGCUCAUGGCAGGCUGACGGCUCUCGACGCUCAUGGCGGGCUGACGGCUCUCGACGCUCAUGGCUCUCUGACGGCUCUGGCUGCUCAUGGCUCGCUGGCGGCUCUGGCAGAUCCUGUCUGGUUGGCGGUUCUGGCAGAUCCUGUCUGGUUGGCGGCUCUGGCAGAUCCUGUCUGGUUGGCGGCUCUGGCAGAUCCUGUCUGGUUGGCGGCUCUGGCAGAUCCUGUCUGGCGGGCGGCUCUAGCGGCUCCUGUCUGGCGGACGGCUCUAGCGGCUCCUGUCUGGCGGACGGCUCUGUAGGCUCAUGGCAGACGGGCGGCUUUGCAGGCUCAUGGCAGACGGGCGGCUUUGCAGGCUCAUGGCAGACGGAUGGCUCAGACGGCGCUGGGGAGACGGAUGGCUCAGAUGGCGCUGGGGAGACGGAUGGCUCAGAUGGCGCUGGGGAGACGGAUGGCUCUGGCCGGAUACGGCGCACUGUAGACCUGGUGCGUGGUGCCGGAACUGGAGGCACCGGGCUAAGGAUAAGCACCUUCCUACUAGUGCGGGGAGCAGGAACAGGGUACACUGUAUUCUCAAAGCCUACUCUAUACCUGAUGCGAGGUACCGGCACUGGUGACACCGGGCUGAGGACAAGCACAUCAGGAUUAGUAGGGGGAGAAGAUACAGUGUGUUCAGGGCUCUGGAGACGCACAGGAGACUUUGUGCGUGGUGCCGGAACUGGAGGCACCGAACUGGAUACACGCACUACAGAGAGAGUGCGUGGAGGAGGAACUGGGCUCAGGAGACGCACUGGUAGCCUAGUGCGUAGUGUAGGCACUGUAGGUACUAGGCUGGGGCGGGGAGGUGGCGCCGGAAAUACCGGACCGUGGAGGCGUACUGGCACUCUUGAGCAUUGAGCCUGCCCAACCUUACCUGGUUGAAUGCUCCCAGUCACCCGACCAGUGCGGGGAGGUGGAAUAACCCGCACCGGCCUAUGUAGGCGAACCGGGGAAACCAUGCGUAAGGCAGGUGCCAUGUAUGCCGGCCCGAGGAGACGCACUUGAGACCAGACGCGUUGAGCCGGCCUCAUGACACCUGGCUCAAUACCCAAUCUAGCCCUACCAGUGCGGGGAGGUGGAAUAACCCGCACUGGGCUAUGCACUCGUACAGGAGACACCGUGCGCUCUACUGCGUAACACGGCGCCUGCCCGUACUCCCGCUCUCCACGGUAAGCCUGGGAAGUGGGCGCAGGUCUCCUACCUGCCCUAGGCCCACUACCUCUUAGCCCCCCCCCCAAGAAAUUUUUGGGUGUUACUUACGGGCUUUUUGGGCUUCCGUGCCAGACGCGUUCCCUCAUAGCUCCGGUUCCUCUCUCCGGUAGCCUCUGCUCUCCUCAGUGCCUCCAGCUGUUCCCAUGGGAGGUGAUCCCUACCAGCCAGGAUCUCCUCCCAUGUGUAGCAACCCUUUCCGUCCAAUAUAUCGUCCCAUGUCCAUGCUCCUUCUUUUCCUGUCCCUUACUCCAUUUACUCCGCUGCUUGGCUCUGGAAUGGUGGGUGAAUCUGUUACGGCGUUCCUCUCUCUCUUCAUAAGAAGAGGAGGAGUAUUGAUUGAACCAAGGCGCAGCGAAGUUUGAACACAUAUUUAUUAACGAAAAAACACGAACUUGAAUAAACUAACAAAACAACAAAACGGUGAAGACAGACCUAGACGACGAACUUACAUGAAACAAGAAGAACGCACGAAUAGGAAACAGACUACAUAAACCGAACAAACCGUAUACAGUUCCGUAUGGUGCAAACAUAACACAAACACGGAAGACAAUCACCCACAAACAAACAGUGAGAACACCCUACCUAAAUAUGACUCUUAAUUAGAGGAGAACGCAAAACACCUGCCUCUAAUUAAGAGCCAUACCAGGCAACCAAAACCAACAUAGAAACAGAUAACAUAGACUGCCCACCCAAAACACAUGCCCUGACCUAAACACAUACAAAAACAACAUAAAACAGGUCAGGACCGUUACAGAUAAUUUCAUGAAGAUUAUAGCAUUGUACGGGACUUGACUAACCCCCAACCAAUAAAACUACAUACACUUUCCUCCACCAUAGUAAUAUAUUUUGAAAUACAUUGCCUUCGGAAAGUAUUCAAACCCCUUGAUUUUUCCCACAUUUUGUUAUGUUACAGCUUUAUUCUUUUUUUUCUCAAUCUACACACAACACCCCAUAACGACAAAGCAAAAACAGGAUAUUCCAAUUUUUUUGCUAAUUUAUUCAAAAUAAAAAACUGAAAUAACAUGUAAAUAACUAUUCAGACCAUUUACUCAGUACUCUGUUGAAGCACCUUUGGCAGCUAUUACAGCCUCGAUUCUUCUUGGGUAUGACGCUACAAGCUUGACACACCUGUAUUUGGAGAGUUUCUCCCAUUCUUUUCUGCAGAUCCUCUCAAGCUCUGUCAGGUUGGAUGGGGAGCGUUGCUGCACAGCUAUGUUCAGGUCUCUCCAGAGAUGUUCGAUCGGGUUUAAGUCCGGGCUCUGGCUGGGCCACUCAAGGACAUUCAGAGACUUGUCCCAAAGCCACUCCUGCGUUGUUUUGGCUGUGUGCUUAUGCUCGUUGUCCUGUUGGAAGGUGAACCUUCGCACAAGUCUGAGGUCCUGGGCACUCUUGAGCAGGUUUUCAUCAAGGAGCUCUCUGUACUUUGCUCCGUUCAUAUUUGACUUGAUCCUGAAAUGUCUCCCAGUCCCUGCCGCUGAAAAACAUCCCCACAGUAUUAUUCUGCCACCACCACAAUUCACCAUAGGGAUCGUGCCAGGUUUCCUCCAGAAGUGACACUUGACAUUCAGGCCAAAGUUCAAACUUGGUUUCAUCAGACCAGAGAAUCUUGUUUCUCAUGGUUUAAGAGUAUUUCGGUUCCUUUUGAUAAGUGUGAAGUAACAAAGUGAAUGGUAAUUGGCUUUCAGAUUUGUCUCGCUUCAAUAACAAAUCUCACCAGAUUGGGUCUGCUGGAUGGCUGGGAUUUCUCCUUAACUUCUUUCAGCUAGGGGGCAGAAUUUUUAUGUUUGGAAAAAUAACGUUCCCAAGGUAAACAGACUAUUUCUCAGAUCCAGAUGCUAGAAUAUGCAUAUAACUGACAGAUUAGGAUAGAAAACACUCUAAAGUUUCCAAAACUGUCAAAAUAUUGUCUGUGAGUAUAACAGAACUGAUUUUGCAGGCGAAAACCUGAGGAAAUCCAAACCGGAAGUGCCUUUUAUUUGGAAAAAUCCCUGUUCCGUUGCCUGCCCCUCCUCCAUUUAAAGGGGUAUCAACCAGAUUCCUUUUCCAAUGGCUUCCUCAGGCUGUGACCAGGCUUUAGACAUAGUUUCAAGCUUUUAUUUUGAAAAAUGAGCGAGAUUUUUCAAAACGAGUCAGGUGUCCUUUGAUUAGUUCCUGUGUGCGAGAGAUGUAGCUCUCCAUUUUCUUUCUCUGUUGUAAUAUUUGUGUUGUGGAGAAAUUGUGUUGUGGAGAAAUGACCAGGCAGUUAGUUUUCGUUUAGUCAAAACCUCUCGUGCUCUACAGUUUUUCCCGGGCACACUCGUGCGCAUGUGCAUUUCCUAUUAGGUGAGGUAACGUACACUGUCGUAAUACAUCACUGCUUAGUAACAGCAUAGUAACUAAUAUAAACAGAUGUAGAUCCCAGAUACUACACUCCUCCCCCAUAGUGUUUAACUCCCAGAGAACAAGGUAAAUAUGUUACGGAACUACUAAUGCAAUAUCUGAACAAUGCAUUCUUAACAUUUUUCAACUACUGGGUUGAAGCAGACCUUUCAGAGCCCAGCACAAAUCCAGGGGAUUAUUCUGCCCCGAAGAUGGAGUUUGUGUCCUAAUAACUAACCCAGGUAAUGUCCGUUUUCUUUCCUUUUAUCUAGGAAAUAUUAAAGUGUUUGUUUGUUUUACUGUCUGUUACCUUAAACAGCUCAACUCACAGGUCAAGCUUUUGAGGUGCCCUUCGCUGUCGAAUAGGAUAUCUCCGCUCCUCCUGGGCUUCCGGUAGUGGGCCAGGUUCGGGUGGAAGGUCAGGAUCUGUCUCUCCCGUACGUCCACAGUCAGGAGAAUAGUCCUGGGGGUCGUUAAUGUUCUCUCGGCGUGUCUCUCUGGGGCGUUGGACCGUAGCAGAUGAUCCACAUGAACGUUGACCUGGUGAUGACCAAUUUGGACUUGGUUAUGGCGAAGGUGACCACAGAUGGUAUCUAGAUGCAUGGAAGGGAUAAUUUGGCCGAGAACAGUGUGAACCUCACCCCCUCUAACCGGCUGAAGUAAUGACGUUCACUAUGGUCCUUCACCACUUCUACCGUGAGACCUGAGUCCGAGCUAGCAACCUGUACACAGCAUCCAUUCAAAGCUAUCAACUGCCUUUUCUCUGAGUGCGACAUGAGUCCACGUGGAGUGAGCAUAGAGAGAGAUCCCGUCCAAACUUCUCUCAUGCUGCUGGUGUACUGGUAGGAUAUAAUGGUCUGUAAAGGACAUUAUCAAGGGCCAUCCACUUUGAACAUGAGCCAUUUGGAGGACGAACCGAAACACUAUCUGAAGAAGAACAUGAAGAAACGCCAGAAGAAUGAGGGCCGGGAGGGAGGGGGGAUGGUCAACCGUGCCCGUAAUUAAUAGGCUUAUCCAAAAUUGUUUAUUAGUAUGAGGUUGAUUGUGGUCUGCACACUGCGAAAUGUAUAGUACUUUAGACUAGUAAGUAAUGCAUUGAGAUACCGAUCUGUCAUUGACAUGCCACUCACGACAAAAGCUCCAGCUGAAAUGUCAUUGCCAGAAUCCAUAAAUGAAAUGUGUAACUGUUUGAAGCGAAGGUCUUAACAUUUUACUGCAAUGGUUUUACAAGUAUAACCCAGAAUAAUUGUACAACCCCGCCAUGUUUUAUAUUUCAAGUUCACCCUCAUUGAUCGAGACAGAUGGGUGUCCACCCCAAAGUACCACAUGUCAUGAUGACAGACUUGUCUAGAUCAAUGAGAGAAGACUUGAAAAAGACAAGAUGGUGGCAUAUAUAUAUUGUUGUAUUACUUCAUGAAGCAGAAAAAGUAUUCAUUUUUAAUAAUGGAGCAUUUUCUCAAUUCAAACUGACCCCCUGCAACUGAACACAGACAUUUUAUGAGAGUCCUGUUUCCACAAAUCAAGGCCGAAGACAGCAUCGCUAAGUUUGGUUGAAAAUUCUCUGUGCUACACCAAACAGUACAUAUUCUGUAACCCCCAGUAAUGGUUAAAUCACAUUAUCUGGUUUAACAAUCUGUAGCUAAGAGAACUGGUGAUCAGCAGAUGAUGGGAGAGGUAGUCAUGAUGAAAUUGCUGUUCCCAAAGAAAUAUACAGUAAGAAAAUACAGUAUGAUCAGUGAAGUAAAGUUCAGGGAUUUUUAAACCUUUAUUUAACUAGGCAAGUCAGUUAAGAACAAAUUCUUAUUUACAAUGAAGGCCUGACACAGCCAACGUGCCGCCCUAUGGGACUCCCAAUCAUGGCCGGAUGUGAUGCAGCCUGGAUUCUAACCAGGUACUGCAGUGACGCCUCUUGCACCGAGAUGAAGUGUCUUAGAGCACUACGUCACUUUGGAGCCAUACUUGUACAGCUGUGGGAGGAGUAUUGUCAUGAUCAAACUGCCAUUCAGCUCUUCUUGAGUCAUCUUCUGCUUGAAAUCCAGCAUAAUGUCCAAUCCAUCGAGAGCGAUACAGUUCAUGGGAUACAGCUCUGCUACAAUGACACACACAGGCAAAGGAAUUCUGUUUCUCUCCAUCUAGAUUCCACUCCAGGAAGAAGCCCAGGCACCACUCUGUAUUGUCUAUAAGACAAAAACAAAUACAUUAUACUCCAUUGUACAGUGUGUACAACAUUUCAACUAUGCCAGCAUAACAUCAACAUUAGGGUAGACUAGUUGAACAUGCAUACAUCCGCAAAGGGAUUACAUUUAGAACUAUCUAGCCUAAUAUAAAUAAAAAUGGCAAAACCCUCAACCUUUGCACAACAACCAGACCGUGCAAAUGUACCCAGGUAAGUAGGCAGACAGUAUCUACCUACAGCCAUGUCUAUCAGACAUACUUAGGCAAAUAUGUUUUAUAUUAAAACCAGCUUAUCGGUUUGAGAUUUACAACAGUAAAUUGUUGCAUUAUUGUUUCUCCUCACUGUUAGCUAAUGAACUUAGCUAGCUAGCCAAUAAUUAUUUACAUUUGUUUGGAAUCCUAUCUUGCAACAUGCCUAUAAUUUUGUGAGAUUGGUUAGGAUUAUGACCAUGGAUGCCAACCCUUGUCAAUUAUGUUACAUGGCUAGUUAGUAAAAUGAUUUACAUUGGUGAUGUUACAUGUUUGCUAACAAGUAGGCAGGCGCCAGACUAACUUGCUAGCCAACUCCUGUCAUGACGUGCUAAUGUUUUCUGGUAAAACUAGCUUUAGGUGGCUGGUUGUAACGCUGUAGCUUUCUGUUAAGUAGCCAUAUCUACGACUAAAAAGAGAAGAGGUUUAACAGUCAAGAUAAUAGAUAUCUGAUUGUAAAACCUCUUCUAUUUUGUCAUAAAUAUGGCUAUAUGUAGUGUGGGGGUUUUAUAAGGUUUUUUGACAUGCUUAACUAACUAUAAGCUAGUAGGGCUUCUUAUGCAUUAAAGUUUGAAUUGCUGACUCUUGUGAACCUGCAUUUUCCAUUGUUCUCACUUUUACCAGUGCUCAGGGCCUAACCAUGAACAAGCAGUCUGAAAUGUGUGUGUGUAUGAAAUAUGUGUGUGUAUGCAACAAAUGUAUCAGUAGUGUGGGCGCUGUACUGUGUGGCCGGGACUGUGCUAAUCUUAGAGAGACACAGGAGGGGGAUGAAUCAGGAGACUGCUGAAUAGACAAUAACAGAUAAACUAUACACACGAAAAACAUGUGAGGUUCUGAGUCAUGCACUAUAACCCAAUACUAUAAACGUGAUCAGCAACUAUAUUAUAUGUGAUUGAAUACUAUAAACGUGAUCAGCAACUAUAUUAUAUGUGAUUGAAUACUAUAACAAACUGUUUGGGCACCUGGAUGUCUGUGUGUGUGUGCUGGAAGUAACGGUUAGCUCAGAUAAGGAGCUGGGAAGCUGUAGUUAGCCUUGAGCGAGAACAGUGGACAACAUAUACAGGUGCAGAUAUCUCAGACAAUGUUAUAAAACUGUCUGACCCCAGUCUUUGGGGUGAAGGAGCGUAAUCUACACAGCAACAGCGUCGGGACAUCAUAUGCGCUAAGGGGCCAGGACUGGCUUAAGGCGCCAACAUCAACGAUAGGCUGGGUGAGUCUAAACCACGCCCAGUCUCUACUCUGACAGGCCGGCUCGGAAGUGGGAACUAACCUCUGUCAGAGUAUAAUAUAAUAUCUUUGUCAGAAACAAAUCAGUUCUCUGUCUUAUCCUGCGUGAUGAAACAUUGAACCCGUAUAUACGGAAAUUGUAUUUGCCAUUUAUUAACUUUUGAAUUAAACAAUUAUUUUAACCAA